AUGGCCGCAAAAUUGGCAGCUCUUCCAGUCCUACAGUCCAUCGAGGACUGCAGCGAUUUCUCCAAAACAGUCGAGCCAUUCCUUGACCAGUUCUUUGCAUUGCCUGAACGACUACUUGCUAGCUUGGGCAGCAUUGAAAACCUACAACGCCUCUAUGUCGAGACCAAUCCCCUCAUCACCGGCUUUGCGGCCUCGAUUUUCUUCGCUGGCGUGUUUUUGAUCGUUUCUGAGGUGAACAGAAAUUACUCUCAGGUUGAUCGCACGUGGAGCAUCUUGCCGAACCUCUACAUUAUUCAUCUUGCUGGUUGGGCACGAAUGGCUGGCUUGCCUCACAGCCGCAUUGAUUUAGUUGCUGCGUUCAGCACCGUCUGGAGCAUUCGGCUGACCUACAACUACUGGAGACGAGGUGGAUAUAAUGUCGGAUCCGAGGAUUACAGAUGGGAAAUCGUCAAGUCCAAAGUCCCCGCCCUCGUCUUCUUCACGCUGAAUGUUACUUUCAUCUCUCUCAUACAAAGCGUCUUGCUCUUCGCCUUCUCGUGUGUCCCUGCCUACGCCAUACUGCUGUCCACGCGUUUUGAGCCGAACCCUACAGUCGCAGACUAUGCAUAUUUUGUCGUUGAACUGCUCCUGGUUCUUACCGAAUGGAUCAGCGAUGGCCAGCAAUGGGAGUACCAAACCGCAAAGCAUCGGUACAGAAAGGACGCCAAGUUACCCAAGGGCUGGGAUCAGGCAGAUCUCGACAGGGGAUUCGUCACCUCUGGUUUUUGGGGAUACAGUCGUCACCCCAACUUCUUGGCAGAGCAAACAAUCUGGUUUGUUUUGUACCAGUGGAGUUGCUAUGCCACCAAGUCGCUGUACAGCUGGACCUUUGCCGGCUCCGGCAGCUUGUUCCUGCUUUUCCAGGGAUCUACUUGGCUUACUGAGGCUAUUUCAGCCGGUAAGUAUCCCGAGUACGUCGAAUAUCAGAGACAGGUUGGCAUGUUUAUUCCCACCUCUAUUCGGGGGUACAAGACCCCGUCGCACAAGCCGAAAGUUAUCAGAACAAGUGAGCUUGCCAAGCGCCACGAGGAGAAGAAGAAGCAGAAGUAA